AUGGAUGAUGUUUUUGAUAUUAAUGCAACUGAUGUGCAUUCUGAACUAGAAGUUGCAUCACGAGAUUGGGAACGUCGUGCUGCAGAAAUUCAUAGUGCAGGUGUACGAGAAGGAUAUUUUACUAGAUCUAAUGCUGUAUUACAAAAGGAAUUUGAAAUUGGUGUUGAUCAGGGAUUUGCAUUAGCAUUUGAAUUAGCGGUCUUGAGAGGAAGGCUAUCAGUGAAAUUAUAUUAUUCAGUUGGUGAACUAAAAAUAAAAAUUGAAAAUCUUGUUAAACUAAUUAACUACAAAGAAGAACAAUUAAUAUCACUUGGUUCUCUAGAAAGAGACUCAACUUACCAGCAGAUUAUAUGCGAGGCUGAAAAUAUUUUGAAUUCAUGA